AUGGCCGAAACUUCGAGUGAUUGCGGCCGAAAGAAAGCAAAAGUUGAUGGUUCUUUAGAUGGUUCUUUAGAUGGUUCUUCGCGUAAAUUUGACGGUGCUGCGCGAUUCAAGUCAAAAUUUUAGCCAUCCUGGUCAAAAAAGUGGCCUUGUAUUAUUGCUGUUCCUCGUUCACCAACUGAGUUCAGGUGUACGGUGUGCGACAAAGUUUGCAGCUGUGCUCAUCAAGGGGAAUCUGAUGUGACAAGACAUAUUCAAGGUGAAAAGCAUCAGAAAAAUGUACGAGCUAGGACCAAUGCAGCGCCGUUAAGUUCAUUUGGGUUUAUUUCUACCUCGGAUCCACUGAAAGAUAAGGUAAGACAUUAACAUAUUGUUGUAGUAAUAGUGUAUGUAUAUCAGUGUGUGGUUGUUUAAAACAAUUUGUUUUACUUCUAGUGAAAUAAUUAAUUAUAAUAGUAUUUUUCUAAAAGCUUAUUCCAUUUUUAGGUCACAACUGCAGAAAUUAAAGUUGCUACACUCUUAGUUGAAAACAACAUCCCUCUGGCAUUUGCUGAUAAGCUUAGUCCAAUGUUUAAAGAGUUAUUUCCUGACAGCAACAUAGCUAAGAACUACCACAGCGCAAGAAUGAAGACAACUUGCAUAUUGAAUGGAGCAAUAGCUCCACACGUAAAACAGACAUUAGUUGAACAGCUGAAAUCCGGAGUUUUUAGCAUGUCAACAGAUGGUUCUAAUGACAAAGACCUCGACAAAAUGAAUCCAAUCACGGUAAAACUUUUUGACAUUAACACGUCAAGAGCGGUUACCCGUUUCCUGGACAUGGGAGUGACUCAGGUUGUGGAUGCUGCUAAGGCUUCUACAAUAUUUGAAGCAAUCGAUGAAGUUAUGACCGACAACAGUAUACCCUGGAAAAACUGCAUAGCCUUCUCUGUUGAUAAUACCAGUGCAAACCUUGGUCAGUUUAAUUCUAUUAAGACACGGGUACUUGAACGUAAUCCUGACUGUUAUUUUCUUGGAUGUCCAUGCCACAUUCUUCAUAAUACUGCCGGCAAGGCCUCUUCGCAACUGAAGGAAGUUUCUGGGUUUGACAUUGAUGACUUGGCAGUGGAUAUUUUUUACUAUUUUGACAAGUCAACCAAGCGAAAGGCUGCCCUUAGUGAUUACGCUCAAUUUUGUGACUUAGUAUAUCGCAAGACGCUUAAGCAUGUGACCACACGUUGGCUGAGUUUAAACACUUCUGUUAACCGCAUAUUAAGUGGCUAUGAAGGUUUGAAGUCCUAUUUCCUUUCAGAAGAUGAUGAAGAUUCUAAAAUCCCACGUUUUGCUAGGCUUCGAAAGCAUUUUGAAAACCCGAUGACUGAGAUUUACUUGAUGUUCUUUCAAGCUGUUAUUCCCACCUUUACUACCAUCAACGAAUUCUUGCAGAGAGGAGAGCCAGUUAUUCAUCUGCUUUUGGAUCAACUUGAGUCGUUCCUUAAGAAAUUGGCAGGCAAAUUCAUACGUAUUGAUGCUAUUGCAGCUGCAAAUAAAGUGUGUGAGAUAGAUUUCUCAGAUAAUGGAAAUAUAUAGGAAGAAGACAAGAUGUUUGUGGGAAUUACAACAUGGGGAAAGAUAAUGAAGAUGCUCAAUGAUGGAGAUUUAUAGAUCCUCAACAGGUAGAAUUACAGUAAUACUGCAGAAUAAUAUAUUGAUAGUUCAGUUCAGGCAGAUUAUUAUUAGUCCAUUUAUAGAGUGUUAUUCAAUGUUUCAUUCAUUCAGCCACCUUUAAUUAAUCAUUCUUUUACAUGUAGGUGCAAAGAUUCUAUGAUACAGUUGGUGCGUUUUACAGAGCUGCUGCACAGUAUGCUGUGGCAAAACUUCCAUUUAAUGACAAAGUUCUGGAGAAUUCUCGUUUUGUUAAUUUUGAGAAACGCAGAGAGCAUGAAUUCACAAUGGUCGAGUUCUUUCUACAACGAUUCCCAGAUCAUCUAGAAAUGAGUGUUGAAGAGCAAGAAAAACUGCAAGAACAGUUCAUAGACUAUCAACUUUUGUCAAAUGAUAACAUCCGCCAACAUGUCUGGAAUGAUGCGACUGUGAAAACGGAUGAAGAUGGAACAGCUUGCCUAUUUCGAAUGGAUGUCAUUUGGGGCCAUUUGAAUGCAACCAAAUCUGCUGAUGGUACACCUCGAUUUCAUUUGUUAGCGCGAGUUGCUUUAACUGUACUAUGCCUUCCUCACUCAAAUGCAGAAGAGCGAGUUUUUAGCAUGAUUGGAAAGAACAAACGGGCAGAGCGUUCAAGCCUUCAGGUUAAAGGAACACUUUCAUCAUGA